AUGACCCUCUCCCGCCGCCCGCCCGCCGCGUCCCCGGCCGUCGCAUCCUCCUCUGCCACCUCUCUCGCCCUCACCGCCGUGUCGCCGGCCGACCUCGACUCGUGGAUCGCCAACAACUCGGCCCUCAUCAUCGACAUCCGCCCCCACGGCGCACACUCCUCCGCCCGUGUCCCCCGCGCCGUGUCCCUCUCCGUCCCCUCCACCCUCCUCAAGCGCCCCAACUUUCCCCUCCAGCGCCUCGCAGACAUGAUUGGCUCCCCCACAAACCGCAACCACUUCUCCGCAUGGCGCUCCGCCUCCCGCAUCCUCGUCUACGACGCAGACUCUCUGACCGUUGGCGAUUCCUCCAACGUGGCGGGCCUGCUACGCAAGUUCAGCGUGUCAGGUUUCCAAGGCGAGCUUGCGUGGAUUAGUGGCGGUUUCCAGGCUGUCUGGAGGGAACGUCGCGAGAUCGUUGAUACACAGCAACCUGGCUCAGAGAACGACGAUGAAGACGACGAGCCCGACAAACACCCCCCAUCCAAUGUCCUGCGCACACGCCAUCUCCCCAGAGCCGCGUUCUCCCUCUCAUCCACCACCGUCCACAACUCGCCCCAUUUCAACCCACCUGCGGCAGCACCUCCGUCCAAACGUCCACCCACCCUCCAAACUAGGCUACCCUCAAGCACUGCCACAAACACCUCCCAUCCUGCCUUCAAUCCCUUUUUCGACACCGUCCGCCAGAACCACGAGCUUUCCCAUGGCAUUACUGAGCGUAUUCCUCUCCAACUUCCUCGCAGAGUCCGUCGCAGGAUGCAGGACCUCCCUUUCCCCUGGCUUCAACAGAUCGCCCGUCGCGCCUCAAAAGCUCCUCCACGCCACAAGACUCUUAGCGAUUCUAGCUCAUCCGAGUCCGAAGACGAUGAUGCUUCCUCUGUUCUUGUCGAGGAGGGUAAGGAGGCCCUUGCCAUGCAGUUCUUCAAAGUAGAGCUCGCCGAGCAGCGUCGCCUCAUGGGCAUCAUGGAGCACCACUCCAAGGAGACCACCCACCAAAACGGUGUUUGUGAAUUCCCCGUUCCCUUUCCCUAUAGCAUAACGGCCGGCGUAGAAAAGGGUGCCAAGAACAGAUAUCGGCACAUCUGGCCGUUCGAGCAUGCCCGUGUACGACUCCACCAAAAGAAGCACCACGACGAUGAUUAUGUCAACGCGUCCUAUGUUCAGCCCUUGGGCACCAAUAGGCGUUACAUCGCCACGCAAGGUCCCCUUCCUGCGACGUUCACGGAUUUCUGGACACUGUGCUGGGAACAAAAUGUCCAUGUCAUCGUCAUGUUGACGCGGGAAGUGGAAGGCGCGAUGGUAAAAUGUGGCGCUUACUGGACGGAUACCGUAUUUGGACCUCUCCGCCUCCGCCUGAUCUCCACAGAAGGCUUGGCACCCCCGGAUGAGCGACCCAUAACGGCAGGCUUCUUUCCGUCGCAUUCUUCCUCGCUUUCCGUCCAUCCGUCACGAGCAUCGACGCGCCGCUUCCCGCUCUCAGCUGGCUCGGAGCGACCUUACCGUCACCACUAUAGGACAAAUCGCUCCGAAACCGUCAAACGGACCUUUGAGCUUUCGCAUACAGGGUACCCAGACGCCAAGCCCCGACAAAUCAUUCACCUGCAGUACCUCGAGUGGCCUGAUAUGAACGUCCCGGACGAUCCCAGAGGUGUCUUGGGGCUGAUCAAGCAGGUCGAAGAAGCCGCCCGCGACACCCAGUCUGUCCAGUCCACGGAGCCACGGAAGAGGCGGCCAGAAAAGGAACGUCUGGACGAAGUCGAUGAAAAGACGGGGAUAGCGAAGCAUGCCUUGGCAAACAGCCCGGUUCUGCUCCACUGCAGCGCAGGUGUGGGAAGAACGGGAGGCUUCAUCGCCGUGGAUGCCAUCCUGGACGCUAUUCGGCGCGAAGUGCGGGCGAAUCUCAACGCAGCCUCUCCUAGGAAAGCCAGCGACGCGAUGGAUGUCGAUCCUUUCGAUGCUAACCAGCCAUCCGUGGUGACAGUGCCUAUCACGAUAUCCGCCGGGGGCUCAAAGGACUCACCACUCGAAUUCGCAGAUAAGCAGGAUGGGCUGGUCGUCCAUGUUCCCCUAGGUUCUCCCAUGCAGGUCGACGGGAGAACAAACAACACGGACAACUCGGGCACCACUACCAGCUUCACCACCGUGACUGGGACGAUGGAAUGGGCGCAGAAUGUGAGGGCCGAGAUUGAUGGGAGCUCGCCAGACCGAAACGGCCGGACAGCACAAUCAUCCAGCUCGUUAGUCCCGCCUGGGCAGAAUACUUCAAGAUCGUCGAGCGUAGGAGGAAUGUCAGAUGGAACUGGGUCCAAUGCGCUGGCCCCUGCCUCAAGCACCCCGGCACCGAACCUCCUCCAGUCGGUCCUCAAUCAUCAGACGACGACGGACCACCAACAGCAACGCGUGCGAACUGCGUCUGUCCCACGGUUGACCUUCACCUCGAAUAUCCCAUCGCUUCCGACGACGGAGGAAGGCGUGCCGAUGUCUUGGCCCCACGCGACGUCCUCACUGCACGGACUGGACGACAAGUCGGGAAGCAUGACGCAUGUGGUGACGAAUGGCCCUUCUCGCAACCAGAGAGCACUCCCCAGGCUGCGGUCGCCGUUCAACCCGAGCAGCAUGUCGAGCGAGGGCGAGGCGCCGUCGCGGUCCCAGUCUCCGUCAGCGGACGAGGCGAGCACGGCCCACAAUGCGUCACUUCCUCCACGCACCGCGCCAACGUCGAUCGCCACCCACAAACCGCCAAUGCUGGAUCCUUCGCUUGCCCUGCUCAACGACCAGUCGACGAAGACGUUCGACUACAAGGACCCGCGACCGCUGCAUGAAGUCUUCACACCACCAGCGCUCACGACGUUCGAGGACCCGAUCUGGGAGGUCGUGCAGGAUAUGCGUGAGCAGCGAAUGAGCUUAUGCCAGAGCUUGAGGCAGUACGUGUUCGUGCACGCGGCAAUCAUCGAGGGGUCGUUGAUGGUACUGGACGAGGAGAGGGAGAUAGCGGCAGGUAUUGGCCCAAGGAAUCAGUCGAGGACGGCAUCACCUGCCCCGCCCGAGCCGGCCACGACCGAAAUAACUCCUGCGACUCCUGCCACGCCUGUACCAGCUACCCCUGGAACCCCUCUAACCCCCGCCAGCCCAGCCAGUCCGGCGAAGAGCGAGCGAGCUCCCAGGUCGCGCUCGCGCUCACUCUCGCUGAGGCAUCUGCACUCGAAUGACACAACCUCUGGUGCGUCCUCGCCGUCCACUGGGAAACGCGGUGCGAGCCCGACGGAGCUGAGGAAGGAGGACAAGGAGGGCGGGGUGAUGCUGUCGAAGCGACCGAGUAUCAAGAGGAAGCAGCGCAGUGGGGACGAUACCUCGGUCGAAAAUGGGCGCUAUAUGGCUCCGCCGAGCCUUGGGGUGCCGCUGGUGGGUGGACCUGGCCCGUCUGUGAGAUCGAUGCCGCCGUAA